GGCAACACUUGCUCCGGCACAAUGUCAUUUUUCGUGUAGUUUUGAACCCCUGAUUUGACAGAUUAUAUAAGACGAAAAUCUUCGUAAUUCGAACGAUCCCGAGAGCAGGUGUGAUAGCUCAUAAUACCAAUCAUCUGGAUUAGCAACGAUGGCCUCGCGUAGAAUCGCCCAAUCCAGUGUAAACUGGUCUGCUCUGGCCGAACGCGUUCCGUCGAACCAGAAAACUAACCUUACGGCGUUCAAGUCGAUGAGCGACAAAUAUCUGCGAAGCGUUGUGGCUAAUCCCGAGUCGCCACCAAAAGUGGAUUGGGCCUACUACCAGAAGAAUGUCCCCAUCGCCGGAAUGGUGGACAAGUUCCAGAAGGCAUAUGAAACUCUGCAGAUCCCAUACCCAGUCGACAAUGUGACGGUUCAGGUCGAAGCCCAAGAAAAGCAAGUUCGCGAGGAGAUUGCCAAGUUUAUCAAGGAAUCCGAAGGCCGAAUUGCGGACUUCCAGAGCCAGAUCGCCGCUCUCAAGGCUUUACUUCCUUUCAACCAGAUGACCAUGGAGGACUACCGCGAUGCUUUCCCAGACCAAGCUUUGGAUCCGAUCAAUCGCCCAUCCUUCUGGCCACAUACCCCCGAGGAACAGGAAGUUGGCGCACCAAACGCCGAGCCCCACCAUUAGGGGAUUUUCGAAGCGAUCAUGCAGAAAAAUGCUGCUAUUAGAACAUCAAAUGGGUCAAAUUUAAUUGAAUAAAAGUAAUCGUAUAAACUA